GUUAUAUGAUAUUAAUACUAUUUAAAAAACGAGAAGAUUUAUUAAAUUUGUAAUUAAAAUUGAAUAUUAAAGAUUGUUUAAUAUCAUGCAGUAUCAAAGUUUAAAUUUUGAAAGUAUUUUGUGGUGAGAAUAUUAUGAAUCUAUUCUUUACGUAGUCUCUUAAUUAUUGAAGUAAUUAAUGACGCGAGUACAUGUAUAAUAAUUAUUUAUCUCGUUUAACUAAAUAUUGAAUUUAUUACCAUAUUUAUAGAAAUUUAUAGAAAUGUGCAAUUGAGCGGUGAAUAUACCGUAAAUAUAUUUGAAACAUUGAAGAUAUACAUAAUACUAAAGAGAAAUUCUGUGUUCAAGGUUAACUUUUAUUCGCUCUUAACUUAUCUCGGGUAAGGAAGACUUUGACGACAUGCAUUGUUUAUACGAGGAGUUUGGUAUCGCUCUCGAACAAGUUGCCGAAGAUACCAAUAACCCGUAUAUUCCUUCUAGAGGUAUAGCUUACAUCAUCAGCUUCGCGAUCGAUACGCGUGUACAAAAUAUUUAGUGAAUAAAAUACAUACAAAAUUAUUUUAAUACACAUAUAGAAAAGUUAUGUAUUAAGAAUUUGCCUAAUGGAAAUUUAUCAUGGAUGAUUCCUGAUACCUAAAUUUUAGCUGAAAUUUUGCUACUAUAUACAGAAUUUUGCUGCAGCAACUAAUCUUUUUUCUCUGUGUAUAACUUAAAUUCGCAAAUGUAUUUCAAUUUCUGAUUCUCUCCUUAAUUGCACAAUUGAUAUCUCUGCUGUUACGUGCAAUGUAAAAUUGAUCGUAUUUACUUAUUUCUGCACAGUAAGGGUGGAUAACGCUUGAAAUCAAUCCGUUUUUUAUUAUCAUCAUAUAAAAUUGUUUAUUUUACCAUUUUUAUAGGGCUAUAAAAGAAACGCGCCUUUAAUCUUUAGCUUUUAAUCGUGAGCUUGCGCGUUAAGUUUUCAUAUUCCGUCUUUAGUAUCUUCGGUAUCUCCGAUACCUGUCUAGUCAGGCAUCACAUCGAUAAAGUAGUGUUCAGGUGUUAUUGAGAUCUCUGUAUGUCUUUCUUUUGAAGUCGCAUACAUUUAAACCGUAAAAGAGAAUUUGUGAUUAAGUAUUGAUACAAGUAAUAACAUAUACUGCGUGAAAGUAAAAAAAGAUGAGUUAAAAGUCAUAUGUAUGAAGAGAUAAUGUUUCACUGUCGCAACUUUUCUACUACUAUUCUGAAAAUUUUUAAAUAUUAAAACAGAAACAGGUACAAGGCAGAAAGAUACUUUGUUUCCGAUAUAUUUUAUGUGAUCUUAUUUAUUUGGAAAUAUAUAAAGCAGUUUCUAAAUUUAUAACAGAAAAGCUGAAAUUCAAAAGAAACAGAAAAGAAUCAACUUAUUAGACAUAAGCGGGAUAUUAAAUAACAGUAGAAAUUUACAAAAAUGUUUGGAGAGUUCAAAGAGUUAAAAUUUUUUUCAAUAUAUUUUGAAACUGAACUCAUUUUGUCGGCUCUUGUUUUUCUUUUUCGGUUUUUCCUCGUUUUUUAGCCUUUGUAGAUUUUUUUAUCAUUUGCAAUUGUCAGUCGCAAUUUAUAUAAGUUUAAUUCGUGCUAUUCUGUAUUUUUUGUUUUUCUAAUCAUUGUUUUUUUGCACGUUCAGGAAAAAUACGAGCAAAAAUUAUUACCGUUAUUACGAUCGACCUGUAUGUGCUUUAUUCGUAUUUGUUAGAAAUUCCUACAGCCAGAUCAAAUGAAAAGGAAAUUCAGUCGAUGCACGCUGUUCGCAUUAUAUAGCUCUGUGUAGAUAAGCUAUGUGAGAUAAAGAGGCUACGAGACUGAUGAUGAAUACGUAUGACGUUUCGUAGCAUUUUCGAAGAGGUAGUUUAUCAUCUUCGUGGUCGAUUCUUUCUUCAUAUUCUUCUUAUUUCAUGUUCUUCUUUGAAAAAGGAGAAUCACAUUGACAAAGGAGCAGAAAUAUCAAUAAGUUUCUUUUGAUCGUGUUUUCUUUUAAUUUUUUUUUUUUAGUCGUAUUUCCUUUUAAUCAUUUUAUCGUAUGUCUAUUGAAACGACUUUCAAAUUGAUCACACCGGUCGCUUUCAUGACGCAGUGGCGCUUGAAACUUUUACCGCGUAGGAAUUGUCUUCGCCCUGCGGAUAUUGUCAUUGUUCUGCGCGUUUUCGUAGUCAACACUUCGCCUCUCGUCCUGUCCGGUAAAGGAGAGCUCUAAUGGUCGACGUAUGCUGUAUGCAUUACGGAAAGUAAGAGCGAGGCGAAGCUGAAGGAUAAAUAGAGAUGGUAGUAAGAAAAACAGUCGGGUAUGCACAAGGAAUGGAAGCAAUGCCGAGAAACUGUAUCCCGUGAAUAUCAGUGAGUGUCGUCCUUGCGGAGAUAAAGAUCCCAUUUUGCCCCUUUCUUUCAUUUCUGCUUACCACUUUUUCAUAUUAUUACAUUUCUCGUACAGGUAUAGGCUAUAUACUGAAGAUGGUUAUUCGUCCUUCGUGUAAAAUUUACGUGAUAUUUUAUACAGUAGUUACAUUUGUUGUGGCAAAGUUACUUGAUUUAAUAUAUUCUACGAAGGGCGCUUUCUAUUAUUUUAUUAGAUUGUGUUAUAACUACCGGAGAAGUUAAACGUGUAUCUAAUUUAAUGUAAACGUACGAUUAGAUUCGAUUUACAAAGUUUCAAAUUAACUGGAUCGAUACAUGGCAAAUAUCUACAAAUUCGCAGCGAAAGGGGACAUGUAGUGGCGAGACGUAUCCUCAAUGCGUUACCCUGGAAAGGUAAAUACGGUUUCCCUUCUUCCCACCUCUACUUUCCUCCCCUACCUCUUUUCUUCUGUCCAUCUUUCCUAUCGCUUUGCCAGAUGCACCGCGAGCUGGCAGUAUCCUUUGAAGAGAAAUGGGUAUCGUCGUCGUCAUCAUCGUCGUCGUCGUCGUUGCUGUUGUCGGUGCGGAGUCGACGGAAGAUACGAGAAGGCGGCAGGAGGGAGCAGCAGGACCGAUAUUCCUGGGGGAGAAUAUAGCGGGAGAUGAGCGGGAGGGCCGGGUGGAACAGAGAUAGACGAGGAGGACGAGAUGAGGCGGAGGAGGCGACGUCGGGAGUAGCAGUCGGUCGUGCGGCGCAGGCGUGCGCCUCGUCGCGGCUCGAAUCCCGCCGUAUUCCAAAGAGGAGCACGCCACUCCGCCCCCGGCACGGCAGCCACGCGUCAGUCUCACCCGACUGACCUCCUGUCCCUAACUUCCCUCUUCGAUUCCUGACCCGCGCACAUUGAACUCACGCGUUUGCCGGCACGAAGUACCACGCGCCCAUUUCGCUCGCUCGAGAAGCUCGGCGACAAGUGUGCCCUUCGGCUGAAGUAUGAUACCCAUCGCUGAUCCGCGGACGAUAGAUAUUACCGGUCGGGAAAGUUUGAGAGCGGCGAAACGUCAUUGUAAUCCAGUCGGCUGCCAUCGUCUGAAUUAAGAGUGCCGGGAAUCUAAGGAGACCAUUAGGGAGAAUCCGCACGGAGGAUGAAUGAGUAGAAGUGAACGAAUUUGUGCGUUGGUGUAAAUCGGAUAGACAACUGCAAGAAUGACAGUGAAAAGAACGCUUAAGAAUUGGAAGAGAUCGAGGAAAGUGAAUGAUACUCGCUGUUUGAUCGCCAUUCGUAGAGAUACUAUGGUUGUUUGAAAUUCGGAAAUAAAAUAUCUGUUAAAGAAGAAAAAUGACCGGCCUAUCGUUAUGAUAAUAGAAAUUUAUUUCAAAAUUAUUAAAAAUUUAAAAUACAGAUUAAAUACAUUGUCCUACUGAUCCCGUCUUCAACAUCUUUAAACAUCUCGCAAUUAGAGUGAUGAAUAAUGUGUAGUGCACCGCGUAACGGAGAUCAUCUCUUGUGACGUAAAUUGACGGAAGAAUACCGAUGAAAUUUUAGCGAUAAUUUAGUGAAAAUCAGACGUUGAUAAAGUUUGUAGUGUUCCUUAGUGAACAGAUUAAAGCCGACGUCUGAUUAAAAUUUUGACGCAGAAACAACCAGGCCACGUGUUUAAAUAUACGUUAGCAUCUUUCACUGUUCAUCAAAUAUUGAAAAUCUGGAAGCGAAAUAAUGAUUAAGAAUACUGGGUCACUGAAUAGAAAAAUAAUUUUGUUAAAUAGCGUAAUGAAGAAUAAUAUCAAUGUAAUCGUCAACAAAAUUUAUAACGUUUGUAGUUGAUUUGAAAUGUAUUUAGAAAGUUUAGUGAAUAUCGUCAUUUCUAACGAAUAUAUCGAAGGUUAUCGAUCACUUUAGUGAAAAAUAUUAUAAUGAUCAACGAUACAACGGGUUCAAGAUUUGAUUGAAACAAUUAUUAUGAAAACGACGAAUUUUGGGAAAAGAUAGACAUUUUGGCUAGUGAUAUCCGAAAAUGAACGAAUGUAAAAUGCAAUGAGUUUUUAUUUCAGUCGACAAUACAACGGAAUAGCUAUUAUUAAUAACGAUUGAGAUGCACGUGAUUUACAUGCAUUUAUACACGUGCAUUCAAAUUAGCGCGAAAAGACAUAAAAUCGAUUGUCUGUAAUUUCGAAAUAUUAUUUGAAUGAUUAAAGCCAGUGAUUGAAAUUUAAACGGCCUAGAGAACGACGUGGCAAACGAACAAAAUCCGUGCAAAAUUGCUUUGCAGAAUAUUGAACUUUGCAUCGAAUUAUCAGCGACCUAUGAAAUUAUUAAUACAGACGUAACGGAAGUAUAAAUAAUUUAUGGAAUCCGGUGCAUCUCUACAGAUAAACUGCUGUAAUCUUAAACUUAUCAGAAGCCGAAAUUUUUGAUUUUUUUACACGAUUUCUUACGCAAAUGUCACGCACUGAAUGCUCUUGAAUAACUUUGCGCCAAUAAUCGCGUUAGUAUUUGAAAUAGUUUAUUAACUAUCGAGGAAGACUUCUUUUCAUCUAAACGCCCGCCGAGACAUUGAAAUAUUGUGAAUUAGACAUGGGAACUUUGCGCUUAAACAGAGAUCAAUAAAUUUAGAAAUAUAUUGGAAGAAUACUUGCAAAGUUACAAUCGAUCAAGGCGAUGCUCGUAAGCUUGGACACCUGAUAGGCUGUGUCCUUGCGCCGAUAAAACCAAAUGGGCGAGCCGAAGCCCGCCGUCUCUCCGCAGCCCAACGGCGGAGUGAAGCAGAAACCGACGAGUCUGAAUCUCGCGCCGAGUCCCGGCUUCUAUCGCAAUGUGAACGGACGCGCGAGCCUGAAUGAUCGUCAUCUACAGCACGUCACCGCUCUCAUCGGCGGUGGGCGCAUCGCACACAUCAACAAGUCUGCCUCGUCAAAUCUUGCCGUUACAAUCAACAAUUCCGAGUCCGGUGGCGGUGGCGGCGGUUCAACAAAUACCGUCCAACUACCAGCGUUACCAACAGUACCACCAUUAUCAGCAAUAUCCUCAGCGUGGUCGUUGUCUGCAGAACUUGAAAAUUUGCUGGAGCCCCCGCCCCCACCGGCCCCAACACACCCCUCCCCCUCAAAUCGAGCAAGCUCCGUCAACGAACAUCAGCAACACCAGAACGAGCAGCAGCACAACAAUUUGCGAUCGUCCCCGAUCAAUCAGCUGCCCACCCGUAGCCCGAGUCACAAUGGUCACGGAUUCCCCCUCUACACACCACCUGCCCCGAUACCAGCAUCCGGCGCAAAUAAAGUUCGCUCUACACCCAACGGGUUACCACACCCAGCAACAUCGAGGCGUCCUCAUAGUAUUGCCGCUCCACCAUUCCACGGUGUCCAACAUCCCCUUGGUCAACUCGGUGGUAGAGCAGCCGCAGCGACACCACUACCAUCAGCAGCACCCGCACCAGGAGCAGCAGCACCGGCAGCGUGGGGCUCAGGUGCUUCACCAAAUGCAACCGCAUGCGGUGUACCAGGAGUGGUACAACGGCGUGCCCAUUCGGUCGCCGGUACUCCAGUAUCUCUAUCCACCGGCAACAACAAUGGCAUCAAUGGCGGCAUCAACGGUCAACAGGAACCAAGGAGUAACGGUCCAUCAGCCGGCGGCGGCGGUGGCGGCGUCGUGGUAUCCGCGACUCGCAGCGCUGUACCACCCCAAUCUUUAUGGAACGGCCAGCAACCCUUACCUAGGCGGCCUCACAGCAUCGCCUCAACACCCGUUACAGCUGCAGCAGGCAUGCCUCCAGCUACAACAGCAGCAGCAGCACCAGCAAGCGUAUCCGCGUCCGCUCGUACACCAGGGGAGCCUAUACAAUGGGGUGCCGCCGGCAUGGUUCUACAUCAACCCGUACCUCGUAGAGCGUACGCCUCGACCAUGCCACAUCCCCAACCACCCACGCCCACGUCACAAGGGCCCGGUCUGAGUAUACUGACUAAUCCUGGAAACUCGAACACCUGGACACUGGGCGCCGCCCUUCGGCCCAGACCUCAUAGCAUUGCUACGACACCGCAGGGAGCACCGAUGCCACCCGCUUCCCCCUCAGAUUCUGGAUACCGGUCGUUACCCUCAGCUGCCAGUGAUUAUCAGAUUCUUAAAUCGCCGUCAAAACAACAGAAUCAACAGCAACAGUCACAACAACAAUCGCAUAAUCAGAGUGCCGCGCGACGAUUGUCUUUACCAUCUGCUCAGACAUUACUUCGCACAUCCGGCCCGCGACCUAGUCCUACAUUUCACGGACUUCCCUUCCGACCAUUCACGUGCGGUGUUUCACCGAACGGUAAUCCGAUCUUCCUCGGCUGCACUCACCUUCACAAUAGCAACUCCAGCAGUGGAAGUACGAGAACUUCUACGCCGGCAACGAGCCCGGCGACACCACUCACCACGUCGCAGGCAAUACAGCAAUUAUUGGCGCAGCCGAGGAACGGUUUCAAGCUCAUGGAUGAUAAGGUGUCGUUGUUUAUAGAAAUUCUCGACACACAGGAAAGAUUCGCUAAGGUAUGUAAUCAAUUCUUUUGCGGUAUUGCUACUAUCUCGGUGAGUCUUAAAAUAAUGUUCUAUAAUCAAAUAGAUGGCCAGGCUAUUUCGUUAAGUAACGUGCAAUAAGAGGAAAGGAUAACAAAAGCCUUUAAAUAUCGAGGAACAUUUUUAUAUCUGAUAAUACUAAUUUUAUUAUCUUUAUAUCUAUUAAUUAAUUUAUAUUUAUUAACAUAAAAAAUACAAUUUUAUUAUUUUUCUGCUUUUACAUAUCUUUAGUAAAAAAUGUGUUUGAGUACAAAUUUUGUACGUUUAACGUACGUAAAUUGAACACAUUAGAGUCUAAUCCAAUUGGUUAAUGGUUAUGACAUAUGAAUGUAUGCUUCUAAAAUGAUAUGAAAUUUGUAUUAUAUUUUUGCAUUUUUUUUUGCAUUCAUUAACGAUAUUAUCUUCUGCAAAUCUCUGUGGAUAAUGUCAUAUAUGUCAUAUAUGUUGUAUCGGUCGAUCUAGCGUCUUAUCAUCUUUUAAAAAGACGCGCGAGGUCGAUGGUACUCGAACACGAUGACAAGAUAUUUCAUCCCUACAACUCUUUCAUUCGCUUUUGCUUGUGCAGUCCUUGGAUGCAACCCUGUCUUCUCGACCGCUGCAUCUGCCACUUUAUGACAAUGCAUUUCCCAUUCCAUCUAUCUGCUUUCCGCGCGAGAAACCUGAAUGCCAUCGAUAAAAUAUUAAGGAUGACGAACACAUAUAGAGUAGAACUGCAACAAGAAUAUUUAAAUAGGUUCAAUAAUUGUCGUUUCAUUAAGAACAUAUAAUUUAAAAUGCAAUGGUAGAAAUCUGUUUUAUAUUUCUCUGUUCAAAGACAAUUUAUCUCUCUUUAUUUGUAAGAAGAGAAACGUCAAUAUAUUUUUAUCAAUACUGAAGCUAACAUUUUAUAUCAAUUUUAGAUUUAUUAAAUUAUAAAUUUUGACAAUGACAAUAAGCAUUUUGUUUAAAAAGAGAAGAAAAAUCAAAUUAUCAGAAAUUGUUACAUUUAAGAACACGAUAAUUAUUGAUAUUAAUGUAAUCAAUAGAAUUCUUUCUUUUACUUGAAAUAAUUUUCUCACACUAACAAUAAUAAGUCUUACUUGCUUUAUUUUACUUUUUACAAAAUAAUUUAUGUUCACGAAGAAUACAAAGAAGAGAGUAAAGAGCAAUUUUCUCCUGACAAUUUUCACGAAAUGGCACUAAAAUUGUUUUGUUCUUAUUUUCGAGAAAAGUGAAGAUAUGGUAUUGUAUAAGAAAUUUAUAUUAUUAUUUUAAUUUUUACAUUAAUUUACUUUGUUGAUAUAAUAGUAGAUAAAAUAAAUUUAAUCGCUUAUACGCACUAUCCUCAAAUUAAAUGUCUAAACUUUUAUUUUUUUUAUUAUAAAAAAUUAUUUAAAUUAAUGGAUAUACACAUAAUUUAGAAUUGUCCAAUGCAUUGCUUCUAAAGUUAACACAAUUAUAAAAUAAAAAAUUGAACUUUUUAUGUAAUGUAAUACUUUUGUUAAUGUUGAUGAAGAUUUGAAAACAUUCGUGUCGUUAUAUACAAAUUUGUGUAUGAAUCGAAAUAAUUCGUGGAAAUUAAAAGAAUAGUACAUAGAAAA